AUGUUCAAAUUCGUAGUUUUCGCUGCUUUCGUAGGCCUUGCUGCUGCUAAACCGGGACUUUUGACUCCAAGUGUGCUCAGUGCCCCCGUUGCUGGACCAAUCAUUCCGGAAUCUAUCAGUUUGACCAAAGCUUCCGUUUUGCCAAGUGCUCCUUUGGUGGCUUCUGCUCCACUCAUCGCUUCUUCUGGACUUAUUGCCUCUUCUGGACUCAUCGCUCCUGCUCCACUCUUAGGUGCUGGUGCUAUUGUGAGAUCUGCCCCACUCGUAGCUGGUGCUCCACUGAUUUCAGCUGCUCCAGCCGUGUCUGUACACUCAGCACCUCUUGUUCAAGCUUGGUGA